UUUUCUGCUCUAUCCCAAUUUGGUCGCCAGUUAUCGUCAUAUGAAAAUCACGAAAUGAAGAAACAACGACAGUCUUCAUAGCUAUCACCUGAGAUUCAAAUGCAGAUCUAAACCCUAAACACUACAUUUCCAAUGGAUCGGGUCAUCAAAGCCGCGAGAGCCUCCGGUUCUCUCAACCUCUCCAAUCGCUCUCUCAGGCUUGUGCCCGAUGAGGUUUACAAAAGCGUGAAUGCGGUUGGUGAAGACGAGAAGUGGUGGGAGGCUGUGGAGCUACAGAAGCUGAUUCUAGCUCAUAAUGAGAUUGAGUUGCUGAAAGAUGAGCUGAGGAACUUGCCUAUGCUCACUGUGCUGAAUGUCAGCCACAAUAAGCUUUCCGAGCUUCCGAAAGCGAUCGGAGAGCUUGCGAUGCUGAAGUCGUUAGACGUGUCGUUCAACUUGCUUGUGGAGCUGCCGGAGGAGAUUGGAUCAGUAACUGCUCUUGUCAAAUUUGAUUGUUCAAAUAAUCAGCUUAAGGAACUCCCAAGCUCACUUGGAAGAUGCUCGGAUCUAUCAGAUUUCAAGACGUAUUAUAUCAACACCAUAUCCAGAUUUGAUGGAAUAGAAGCAUCAAACAAUGUUAUCAUCAGCUUGCCAGAAGAUCUAGCAAACUGCUCGAAAUUGAUGAAAUUGGAUGUGGAGGGAAACAAGCUAACAAGCCUAUCUGAGAAGUUGAUUGGAUCGUGGACAAUGCUUACGGAACUCAAUGCAUCCAAAAAUCUGUUGAGUGGUAUACCAGAGAACAUUGGAAGCCUUUCUCGUCUUAUUCGCCUUGACCUUCACCAGAACAAAAUUUCAGCGAUCCCUGUUUCAAUAGCAGGUUGUUGUUCCCUCGCGGAGGUCCACAUGGGUAAUAAUGCACUCUCUACGUUACCAUCAGAAAUGGGGGAACUCUCUCACCUAGGAACUCUAGACCUGCAAUCAAACCAGUUGAAGGAGUAUCCAGUGGAGGCAUGCAAAUUGCGUCUUUCAUUAUUGAAUCUUUCAAACAAUUCAUUGUCCGGAUUGCCCCCUGAAUUGGGCAAGAUGACUACUCUGCGAAGAGUUUUACUUGCUGGGAACCCUAUACGAACUCUUCGAAGCACAUUGGUGUCUGGACCAACACCUACUUUAUUGAAGUUUCUGCGAAGUAGACUUUCUCAGAAUGAAGUAGUAGAUGCUGAAGCUACAACUACAACAAAAGAGGAUGUAAUUGCUAUGGCAGCUCGAUUGUCUAUUGCUUCAAAGGAACUUUCCAUGGAAGGGUUGGGUUUGAGUUCUGUCCCUUCAGAAGUAUGGGAAUCGAGUGAGGUCAUAAAAGUAAAUCUGACUAGGAAUUCCAUUGAAGAACUCCCAGUUGAACUCUCGUCAUGUAUCCACCUCCAGGCGCUAAUCUUAUCCAGAAACAAGAUUAAAGAGUGGCCAGGUGCAAUUUUAAGCUCGCUUCCUAAUCUUUUGUGUUUGAAGCUGGAUAAUAAUCCACUAAAACAGAUACCAUCAGAUGGAUUUCAAGCAACCCCUAAGCUUCAGAUUCUGGAUUUAAGUGGUAAUGCAGCUUCAUUACCAGAACACCCUGAUUUUUCUAGCUUACCACAUCUGCAAGAGCUUUACCUGAGACGAAUGCAGCUACGCGAAGUGCCAUCAGAUAUCCUGAGUUUGCAGCAACUGCGGAUCCUAGACUUGAGCCAAAAUUCCCUGCAAUCGGUUCCAGUGGAGUUUAAAAAUUUUACUUCACUCACUGAGCUAGGCCUAUCUGACAACAACAUAUCAACACUUCCUCCAGAGUUGGGUAUGCUUGAACCCAGCUUACAGGCCUUAAGACUUGACGGAAAUCCAUUAAGAAGCAUCCGGCGGGCGGUUUUAGAUAGAGGGACCAAAGCUGUUCUGCAAUAUCUCAAGGACAAAAUCGUGGAAUGACUUCUGCCUCUCCCUCGUCCGGACAUGCGCCAAGAAUCUUGAUUUCACUAAGCAUUACGUCGAUGCUUGUAUGAAUCUUUGUAUCACUCUUAUGUAUGAGAGCUUGUACCUUUUGACUUUCGGCUUGAUAACUUUUCAUUUUCUUAAAACGCAUUGUAUAUUGUUCUUUUACUGUUGUAAUUGAAGCCUGAGUCACAAAUGUCUAUUCAGU